AGUUUUGGCGCCAAGCUGGAAGGCGGAUUUCUCUGUUGUGAGACGGACGCCGGUGGGACCAUAAUUUGUUCCCGACGUGGAUAAGACGCGAUGAACGCUGACGGUCAGCUGCAGACCAGCUCCCUCAAUGGGUAUGCUUGUGAGAUGACCUGUAAGAAACGAGAUGAUUACUUGGAGUGGCCGGAAUAUUUCAUGGCUGUAGCAUUCUUGUCAGCACAAAGAAGCAAGGAUCCAAAUUCUCAGGUUGGUGCUUGCAUUGUGAAUUCAGAAAAUAAGAUUGUUGGAAUUGGAUACAAUGGGAUGCCUAAUGGAUGCAGUGAUGAUCUUUUGCCUUGGACAAGAACAGCAGAUAAUAAGCUCAACACAAAAUAUCCCUAUGUAUGUCAUGCUGAACUGAAUGCGAUAAUGAACAAGAAUUCUGCCGAUGUGAAAGGCUGCAGCAUAUAUGUUGCUCUGUUUCCAUGUAAUGAAUGUGCAAAGCUCAUCAUCCAGGCAGGGAUAAAAGAAGUCAUUUUUAUGUCUGAUAAAUAUCACGAUACUCCGGAAAUGAUAGCUGCACGGCGCUUGUUUGAUCUAGCUGGAAUUUUAUAUACAAAAUUCAAACCAAAGUGCAGCAAGAUCAUCAUUGAUUUUGAUUCAAUUAACAGCAAACCAAGUCAAAAGCCUCUAAGGAAAUAAAAUACUGCUAGGACCAUGCAUACUUUGAACGUGGGAAGGAAAAAAUCCCUAUUCCAAAAUUCUGAUUCUAUUGAAGGAGAUUGGUGCAAAAAGAAAAAGAAAGAAGGAAGAGAACGACCACCUAAAGCAGUGUUUAAACUUGUCAAUAUUAAGUGUGGAGCAGCUUCCAGAAUUCCUGUGCUAGGGAAUUUGGGGAGCUGAAGUCCACAUAUCUUAAAGUUGUCAAGUCUGAAA